UCAGACACAGUGUCCUCAUUUUGAUGUUCAAACUAAGAGUAUGAAGACUAAAUCUCAUGCAGGAAGCUGUAGAGGUGGACUGUGGUGGUGAUACUGUCACUUCCUGCAGGUGCCUUGGGGGUUAUAGUAAAUGCUUUUACAGCUCGGAGACACAUGUGACAUCCUGCACGAAUAGGUCACCUUUCUUGCAGGUUGUGUCGUUUUGAAAUCACUUCAAAACACGCUUUGAGACCAUCAAUAUAUUCAGUCUCUUUGACUCUCUGACUGCGUCUCCAUAUGCUAUAUUAGACUUGAUUCUAUCCGAUCUGAUAAUGAUUUUGUCAAUAAAAUCCUGCAAACCACUGAAUACAUUGAACUACUAUGUUCAAUGUCAGUAUGGCUCUUUGUGAUAGUUUAUCAGAAAGCCACUAGAUGUCCCCAUGCCACUGAUGUUUGCAGCCCGACAUCUACUAAAUGCAGGGUGCAGUGCAUUGUCAGUGUGUCUUGACCGUGUCUAUCUGACAAAAGGCAUUUUUUUAUGUAUAGCUGAGACAUAGCAUGCUACUUCUCGCAUGAACUGCAUAUCAGCUGCUCUGGUAAGUCAGUAUGUUUUCCUUAUCAUCCUGAAAUACUAUACUGUAUUUUAUAUCAUCAUACUAGCUAUAUAGGAGAAUCUUACAUAUACAGUUCCAGUCAAAAGUUUGACGGGUACUGUAUAUGUUUAGUUAUUUCUAUUCAUGCUCUUAUCAAUAUUAAGUUGGCUAUAUAUAAUAGAGGGAAGUGUAAUAUGGCUGAUAUAAUGCCCAUAGCAUGUGUUGGGUUUAUCAAAACAAAUGGCGACUGUGGACAUACUGUACAGUAGGUGUAAGUAAGUAAGUAAGUUAGUAAACUUUAUAGCUCCUUUCAAAACCAGAGGUACGAGGUGCUUCACAAAAUACAAUACCAUAAAAUAUACUGGAGGUGCCAUUUCAGCAUAUACAUUUCAACACAGAGAAAUAGAGACAGAAAUAGAGAUAGAGAACAUACAGAAAUACAACAAAAUGUAGAAAAUACAACAAAAACAGGAAUUUCAAGGAGUGGUCAAACAUAGAGAUAUGAGACUAAAUAUACAUAGAACAACAUAAAACCAUUCAGAGAGUUGAGUGGGUUGCUUAUAAUUGCUGCCUGAAAACAUCAGGAUUCUCAGACACCCUCUCUUAACCACUCCCUCUACCACUGCCUCUGUCCCUACCCACAUCCCUCCUCCACUCAUUUUGUGUGUCCUGGCAUGUUGUCCAACAGGCUAGACAGCCUACAUUGCACUCUGACUUUGGGUAGGAACAGCUGUUCGUGCCUGUUUAUAUUCAUAAAUGUGUGGCUCCCAUUCCCUCCGCGCCACUGUCAUGCAAUCAAACACCCGGGUGACUUUAGGACCCAGUGAGAGACACCCAGGGGGCGCGGCAGUUUUUUAAUCUGACCACAGAACCUGUUAGCUUACUCUUGCUUCCUCUAAGACAGUUCACCCACAAUAGUUCCUUGAUGUAAGAGUUGCAAUAGAGAAGUGCUUUGUGUAGUAGCAAAAGAAGUGCAAACAGCCUCAGAACCCGAGCCUCGGCGUCCCUACUCAUGACCCGUGGAUGAGGACCAUUGUGUCCUGACAUGCCUGUGAAAGGUGCCCUAUCUCAGGCAGAGUACAGCCAGCCAUGGAGCAGCAGGCCUGGAUACUGAGGAGCUUCCUGGUCCAGCUGGAGAGACAAGAGGCUGUGGACGAGGGGGCACCGAAUGGCAUCGCUGGGGAAUUUGCAAGGUUGAAAAGCCAGUCGACUAAGUACCGCACUGACAAGACCUACCCCACCAAAACAGCAGAAAAGCAGGACAACAUCAAGAAGAACCGAUACAAGGACAUUGUUCCCUUUGACCACAGCAGAGUAAAGCUCACUCUCACCACCUCUAAAAAUGACACAGACUACAUCAACGCCAGUUUCAUCAAGGGAGUGUCAGGUUCCAGGGCCUACAUCGCUACUCAGGGUCCUCUUCCCCACACAGUACUGGACUACUUGAGGAUGCUUUGGGAGUACAACAUAAAGGUCAUAGUGAUGGCCUGUCGAGAAUUUGAGAUGGGAAAGAAAAAGUGUGAGCGUUACUGGCCACAGAAACAAGAGGAGCCAUUUGUUUGUGAGCCUUUCACAGUUUAUUGUGAUUCUGAGGAAACUAAAGGGGACUAUCUGACGAGGAUGUUGAGGCUGACUUAUCGCAACUCUUGUCGUACUUUGAAACAGCUGCAUUAUGUCAACUGGCCAGAUCAUGGUGUACCAGACUCCAUCCCUCCCAUUCUGGACAUGUUGUAUGAGAUGCGUUCCUAUCAAGCCCAUGAUGACGUCCCUCUAUGCAUCCACUGCAGUGCUGGAUGUGGUAGAACAGGAGCCCUGUGUGCCAUCGAUUAUACUUGGAACCUCCUGAAGAAACAGAUGAUCACUCCAGCUUUCAAUAUCUAUGACUUAGUUCAAAACAUGAGAACCCAGAGGCCCUCGGUGGUUCAAACCAAGGAACAAUAUGAGCUGGUCUACAAAACCAUCAAGUUACUGUUUGAGAGAUAUUUGCAGUCCAUGGAUGCACAAACUUGCAGAAAUGAGAUGACAACGGUCCCACCUGCUAUCACACCUAACACUGACUUGAGAAAGGAGUUGGACUUGCGACCACAGUUCCAGCACCCGCUUGACGAGGAGAGGGAUGUUUUACCACAAUACCAUACACUGAUGCCCUCUGCUUCAGACAAUCAUAUUGCCUUAAGAGCCAGGGACAAGCAGAGGGACAAGCAACAAUGGGAUGUACCCCAAGCCUUUCCUGUGGUUCUGGCCACCACUCAGGACCUACAGGAUGGACCCAAAACCUCCCCAAAACUGGUGCAUACCAGCCAGAGAGCCGCUGGGGUAAAGGAGAGGAUAGAGGAAAGUGAUGACAUACCAUCAUUGGACCCUCCACCUUUACCAACUGUGGCAGAAGCCAUUUGUCUAAUGGUGGAGGACCCCUACUUUGACACCCCGAUGAGCUCCCCUUCAUCAGAGGAGGCACCAGUGGAUUCUACUGAUGACACCAAACAAUGGACAGCUAGCCCUGUCUUCACCACGCCGUCAUUGUCUCUGAAUGACCAGACCCUGGAGUUUAACUUUGCCUCCGGUACUGUUGAGGCUAAUACUGAUGGGGAUGUACCUCCUCCGAUACCUGAACGAACCCCUGAAUCCUAUGUACUGGCUGGUGAUACAGAUCCCAGUGAAACGUUAACGGUCAUCAUUCCACCCAAUGCUGCUGCUGAGACUGUCAGACAGUUGGGAGUUGAAAGAACAUACAGCGGCCCCCCCUCUCCUGUCCCCCCACUUCCAGAGAGAACCCCAGAAUCAUUUGAGUUGGCUACUGAUCAAGCUCCUGUGGAGCAGAAGUUUGAGGUCAUGCCAGUAGUGAACGUGAACAGAAUAGGAAUGUCUUCAGAAUGGUCUGGUGACUCAAAGCCAGCUGCCUCUACAUCUCAAAAUGAGAUGAAACCUUGGUUGAGGAGUAAGAGUCUAAAAGUCAAUAUGAACUUCACAGUACCAGUAACACACCCUGAUCUUGCACCAAAUACAACUUCAGACCUCCAGCUUUACGGCCCACCUCCGGACGCACCGACUCUUCCACUGCUUCCUCAAACUGAAGAGAGCCUGACUCCUCCCCUUCCUGACAGAACCCCGGAGUCCUUCAUCCUCACCACAGAGGAGAAUCAUGAGACAACCGCCCUCUGCUCGCAGCCCUUACAAACAACACAGCCCUUAACAAGGGUAGGCAUUUCAUCUGAGUGGGAUGGCACCUCUCAGCCCAAAGGAUUCCUUGAUGUUGUCAUGAGCAGGAGCAAGAGUGUUCGAGCUAAAAGUUCAAGACAAGAGCCCCUUUCUGCAGUUUGUCAGCCAACUCCACCUCCUGUGGUCGCAGCUGGAGGAGGAAGUGUGCAAGUGGGACACCAUGAUGUGAACCGAAGGCCCUCCUUGAACACAGAGCAGUGCGGAAACAAAUCAGACAAAAACAAUGAGAAGGGCAUGUCUAGAACAAAGAGCCUGAAAUUUUUUAGACACAAACAAAAACCUAAAAACGGCCCUCCACCAUCUCCUGCUCAAACUGAAACACCAUCUUCAUCAUAUGGUGCCUCUUCAGUGUUCAAAUUUGGAUUUGGGAACCGGUUUGGAAAGCCAAAAGGCCCCAGGAAUUAUCCAGAGACCUGGUUUUGAGGAAGUCACACCUCUCAAAACAUCAAAAGUGGAGCUGUUCUUCUAAUGAUCUUGUAUCGCUAAGACAGUCGGAGUCUGAAAAAACACUGAAGUCCACCUCUCUUUGUCUCAGGACCAAUUGACAAUCCUCAAAGGAGCGUCAGCACAUAAGCACCCUCAGCAGAAAAUAGGAAGUGCCUUCUUACCAGCUCUGAUGAUUUUUGUACUGUAUAUCAACACAGUUUUUUUUUUUUUUUUACAUAUUGAUCAGUGCCUCGUUGAACAACACAGACAGCCACUCGGACCAACGGCUUGAACAUCAAAAUCUCAGGAAAGCCAGUGUCUAAAAUGAUGUGCUUGAAGACUUGAGCAGUCUGCAGUGAGAAGUUUUACACUUCUUGUUUCAAUGCUCAAAGCAAUGCUGUUAAACUUGUUUUAUGAUGAUGAAGUGUACGUGUGUGCAUUUGUGCUUGAAGUUUAAAAAAAAACCAAAAACGGGUAUAAAGAUAACAUCUACAUCUAGAUUAUUAGCACUUCACUUUUUCUGUUACGAAGACGGCAGCACUCAGCACGUCGUUUACUUUUGCUUUUGCCAUCAUUUCCUGAAGUCUCUCAAUGAUUUUAAAGGCAUAACCUUUGAAGCAUGAUCAACAUACUGACAAGGAUAGCUUGUGAAUGUGAUGUAUAUUGCGUAUGAUGUAACGGUACGGUUAAACUGUGUUACAUACAACGGUUCCACACAAAAUUAUUUAUUAAAAAAUAUAUAAGGUCUAUGCAUUCUCAUUGUGUUUUUCCUACUUAACAAGACUGUAUCACAUUGGUACCAGGUUUCUACUGCCUGUAAGUUAUCACCCAGAUAACUGACAAAAAAUGAUUAAAAACAUCUCCGUACAAAUAUUCACAACAGCAAAGGUCCUAGAACAUAGAGCUUAACAACAAAACAUGAAAAAAAGGCAGAUGUAACAGAACUGUAACUGUCAAUUUAUUUCUAUGCUGAGUUAGUAAGUCAACAGACAAGUCAGCCAUAUUUCUGACAAAAAAAAAAAAAUCUGCUUCCUGAACAGGAUCUAGUAUGAAAGGCAUACAUUUCACUAAAAUUAUGUUUUACACAUUUUAUCAUCCCAUUCAUCAUCAAUAAAUAAACCUCACAGUUUUAAAUGAGGCUAACCAAAUACAGUACAAGGCACUAAGAUGUAGUCAGUCACUUUCUUUAUAGAAAGCCUUUGUAAGGUUCAGAUGAGCUGUAAAUCUCAAAUCACAAUUUUUUGGGUAACCAUGUUCAACUAGAAGUGAAGGUCUUUUUAGACAGAAUUUAUUGUAGGAGGCCUCAGUAUAUCUGAUUAAGCUAGACAGCAUUGGCAUUCCCAUUUCCAUGAUACCACGUAAUUACACUCAGAAAAGUGGAUACAACCUAAAACUAGAAGUGUGAAUGGAUUUUAAUCAAAUGAAAAAAAUGACUUGAGUGCACUGACAGCAUUCACAUAUUCCCAGCUAUACCAACAUAUAAUAUUUACACACCAUAUUCUGAAGACAUACUCCAGACUUAGAGGACAAUUUAUUGCUAAGUGCAAUAGCAGUAAUUCCUUCGUCAGUUAAGAAGUGCUCCUAUAAGUAGAUCAUAAUCUUAAAUAUUCCUCACUGGUUAUAAACCUGUGUUCAUAUGUUAAACUCAAUCAUAAGAAAAUAAAUAACAUAUCAAAAAAAACGGUAUCAACAGUAAGAAAAAGGGCACUGUAUAAAAUAGCAUUUAAAUAAACAAUCUUUCAAACUGCAACUUAUAACGCUAACAAAAAAGUUUAAAGGUGCAGUGUGGAGAAUUUAGUGACACCUAGUGGAGCGGACUUGGCAGAAAUGAAUAGAAAAGUAUGUUUUAAUUAGUGUAAGAAAUUAAGAAUCAUUAUAUUAUAUUA